AUGGCCGCGUCCACCAUGUCUGUCUGCCCCGACUCCUGGCAGGGGGACGACUGCCCAGAGAGCUGCUGCGAGCCCCCCUGCUGCGCCCCCAGCUGCUGCGCCCCGGCCCCGUGCCUGACCCUGGUCUGCAGCCCAGUGAGCUGUGUGUCCAGCCCCUGCCAGUCAGUCUGCAUCAGCACCUGCACGCCCUCGUGCUGCCAGCAGUCUAGCUGUCAGCCCGCUUGCUGCAUCCCCUCCGCCUGCCAGCAGGCCUGCUGUGUGCCCGUGUGCUGCAAGCCCAUGUGCUGUGUGCCCGUGUGCUCUGAGGCCUCCUCUUCAUGCUGCCAGCAGUCUAGCUGCCAGCCGGCUUGCUGCACCUCCUCCCCCUGCCAGCAGUCCUGCUGUGUGCCCGUGUGCUGCAAGCCUGUGUGCUGCAAGCCCGUGUGCUGUGUGCCCGUGUGCUCUGAGGCCUCCUCUUCAAGCUGCCAGCAGUCUAGCUGCCAGCCGGCUUGCUGCACCUCCUCCCCCUGCCAGCAGUCCUGCUGUGUGCCCGUGUGCUGCAAGCCUGUGUGUUGCAAGCCUGUGUGCUGUGUGCCCAUCUGCACCAGGGCCACCACCUGCCUGGCCCCCUUGUGCUGCCAGCCCAGCCCCUGCCCCUCCUCCUGCUGCAGACCUUCCUCCUGCGUGUCCCUCCUCUGCCGCCCCGUGUGCAGACCUGCCUGCUGUGCCCCCUCCUCCUCCUGCCAGCCCAGCUGCUGUCGCCCAGCCUCCUGCGUGUCCCUCCUCUGCCGCCCCGCCUGCCCCCGCCCGGCCUGCUGUGACCUCUCCUCAGGCCAGAGGUCCAGCUGCUGA